UUCGAACUUUGGUGGAAGGAGCCAGGUUGCAACUUGCUUAAUGCUAUAAAAAUCUGUACAAGUCCUGACAAGCACGGCCGACCUCAGUACCGUAUGAUCAAUACCGACAGACGCGCUCAACCGUGUUGCCGACUUUGCCUUUGUCGUUGCCGUUGUUGACUCUUUCUUGCUUUGUAUCAACCGAGUCCCUCUUCAAAAGCAUGUUGGGAUGAGAUCCGUUUCGAUCAACUUGGCGAAACCCUCUCUGGUACUGGGUAUUACGGUUGAAACUUCCUGCAUCCCAAGCUAGCUUUUCUAUCCAGUCCAUGUAAAUGCAGAUUUUGUCAUGUCGUCUUUGCCUGCGAGAACUGGGAGAUACAGACAACGCUACAAGGAUAAUCUUAGGCUUGUCUCAGGGUGUAUUCCUUACCGGCUUGGAAAGAAUUUCACUGGUUGCUAUAACAAUCCAGAGAAAAAAUUGCUUGUUCUUAUGAUUUCUUCACCAGAUAGGGAUGAUCUUGUGUUUCCGAAGGGCGGAUGGGAGAAUGAUGAGACUAUAGAUGAAGCCGCACGUCGUGAGGCCUUGGAGGAAGCAGGAGUUAGAGGAAUACUCAGUGAAAAUCCCCUAGGAGUUUGGGAGUUUAGAAGCAAGAGCAGACAGAACAGCAGCAGCCUGGAAGGAGGUUGUAGAGGUUAUAUGUUUGCAUUAAAUGUCACCGAGGAGCUUGACUCUUGGGCAGAGCAGGCUAGCCAUGACAGGAAAUGGCUUACCACAGAGGAAGCAUUCAAAUUCUGCCGUUAUGAUUGGAUGCGGGAUGCUCUUAGAAGUUUUUUGAAAACUCUCUCAGAGGAACGUUCGCUCAAGAUGGCUGGAGAAUCAAAGGAAACCCCUGUUAUAAGGCCAGUUGCAGAUGCAGGUGAAGUGCGUCAGAUGUCAUCACCUGGCUACUUUGGUAAGCCUUCUGGUGUCCAACACCUCGAGAAUUCUUGCUGCAAUUGCGUAGUGCAGGGUUGACGACUCCAAUAAAAUUCGGGCCUCGCCCUCGUUUGUUAAAAAAAAAAAGAGGGGGGGUUGACGACUCGAAUACAUCUUUGUAGUGGAAGCAAGCAACUGUAUUUUGUAGAAUUCGUCUUUGUCCUUGAUUCUGUAAUUCUAAAUAACUUUCAGACAGUUUCCCUCUAGGGUAAAUCUUGUACAUAAGUCAAUGAAAUUAGGUUAAAAGAAA